AUGGUAUCCUUAAGUAUGCAUCUUUCGGAAGUACACAAACUAUGGGACUUAAAGACCUUGGGUAUCAUAGAUCCCACUGAAAGAAAAACAACUAAGGAGCUAGACGAAGAAACCGUAACUUUUUUCAAAGAGACAAUUCAAAAAUCUGGUGACAGGUAUGAGGUAGCACUUCCAUGGCUAACAGGGCAUCCUCCCCUGUAUGAGGGAUAUGACCAGGCUGAAGCAAGACUACGUACGGUCACUAAGCGUCUUUUGAAAGAUAAUAACUAUGAACUGUAUAAAAAUGUUUUGCAGCAAUGGAAGGAUGACAACAUCAUAGAGGAAGUGACGGGAAGCGAAAUAUCAAGUUCAAGAGCUUGUCAUUACCUACCACAUCAUCCUGUUAUAAAAUUGUCAAGCUCUACUACUAAGAUCAGACCGGUCUUUGACGCAUCAUACAAACGUCCGGGGUAUGCCUCUUUGAAUGAAUGCCUAAGCACAGGAGCUAGCCUGCUACAUCAAAUACCUCAUCUAAUAAGUAAAUUCCGUUGUGGUGCCAUUGGAGUGAUUGCAGACAUCAAGCAGGCAUUUCUGCAACUGUCUUUAAUUCCCGAAGAUAGAGACUAC